UGGAUCCUGAUUGGAUAAAGUUUAUGGUGUUACUUCUUUCUAAAGAUGGCCGAUCAACAGCAGUGGUCGGCUGAAGCCGACGGUUUUCCAGUGCUAGAAAAUGAUUUCUUGUCUUCAAAUCAGUUUGAAAAUUUAACUUAUGAUGGAAUCGAUGAUCUAGAUAUUAUCCAGUACAUCAAUGGAGAUAUACAGAAUGAUGCUGAACUCUUCAGCGCACAAACUUACGAUCUCAACAUCGACAAUACGUUGGAAAUGGAUCCACUUGAGCAUCAGCUUGGUCUUGAUACCACCUUUACAGAUGAUACAGAUCUUGAGCUUAAGAUGACAGUGGUUAAUCCUAAAGUGGAAAUAAAGCAGGAGCCUAGUCCAGUGAUUCCAUAUCAGUUUGAAUUCCAAACUACACCAAGUGAGCUGCCAAGCUUACUAAAACAGGAUGCCAAACCACCAGCCAUUCAAAGGGCUGCAGUCUCUACCACAAAUGUGAACUCAGGCAAUGGACAGUUGUCCCAAACAGUUGCUUUGAAAGCACUGUUGGAGCUACAGAAUGUUGCUCAAGGAAAAAUAAAGCAAGAGCAAACACAGCAGCAGUUAAGGCAGUUAAUUUCCUCACAACAGUCUUUAAACCAAAGGUCUGUUGGUGGAACUAUUCAACCUAAGUUGACCAGCCAACAACAGUUAAAGCUGAUUCUCCAGCAGCCUUUAAUCAAUACCAAUACUACCACUACUACAGCUACAAUUCGCCCACAACCAGCACAAGUUCAGGCAGUUGCUCCACAAGUACAGCUUAUUCAACAAGUUCAGCAGCAAUCAACUCCUGUACAGAAUAUUAAUCAAAUUAAUUUUCAACAAUUGCAGCAGCUGCUCCAGCAAGUGGCUAAGGCCAAUCAGCCAUCUGAACUUCAAAGUACAAGCUCAAAUGUCAUUACACUGAGUACAACUCCCACUAUUGGUACUGUCACCACUGCCCCAUUUCAGACUUUGGUAACUGACGGUGGAAAUACCAUUGUUACAACAAGCAUCCCAGUACAGGUGCUUGAUGGGGAUAAAAUGCCCAUUAACAGGCUAACAAGUGCACCCAAGAUGAAAUGUAAAGGAGAGAAGAGGACAGCUCAUAAUGCUAUUGAGAAACGUUAUCGCCUCAGUAUAAACGACAAGAUUGUGGAACUGAAAGAUCUAGUUGCAGGUGUUGAAGCUAAGUUGAACAAAUCAGCAAUUCUUCGAAAAGCCAUUGAUAUGAUACGACAUUUACAAAGGGAUAAUGGCAGACUAAGGCAAGAAAAUCUGAACCUUAAGAUGAUAUUAAAGAAACAAAAUCCACAAGAGUUAUUGCUCCUGACUGAGAGCGCAGUACUUGAUACUGACACAUCUGCCAUGACACCUCCUUACUCUGAUAAUUCAUCAGGAGCUAAUAGCCCUAAUAUUUCUGAUAAUGACUGUUCCAACCCUAACAGUCCAAGCAGUGAUGAUAUGUUGACUGAUGAUAUGAUUUAUAGCAGUCAAUCUGGCAUGCUGGACAGAUCUAGAAUAUUCCUGUGUAUGUUCAUGUUCAGCAUACUGAUAUUCAAUCCAUUUAACUAUUUCUUUAACACUGCCCAGUCUGCUCCAGACUCAUCAAGAUUACCCUCAAGAACAAUACUAUCUGAUGAUCCUAUGACAGAACAAAGUUGGUAUUCUCGAAUUUACCCAUCAUUGUUCCUUUGGUUACUAAAUGGUUUGCUAGUGAGUUUUGUUCUGGCUAAACUGUUGAUCUUUGGGGAACCUGUUACCAAAAAGAACAGUAAUGCCUCUGUUGCUUUUUGGAGACACAGAAAACAAACUGAUCUCGAUAUGUCUCGUGCUGACUAUUCUUCUGCAUACCAUCAGCUUCAUCAGUGUCUGUUAGCUCUUGGUCGUCCAUUGCCCACAUCAAAUGUUGAUCUCUUAUCUGGUGUGUGUUGGCAGAUAUUACGACAAUGUCUGAACAGAAUUUAUUUGGGCAGAUGGUUAACCAGCAGGGCAGGAAGUCUGACUGGAACAAACAGCAUUGAUGUCAAAGAAUCUGCUAGAGAUGCUUCUGAAGUAUACCAUGUGCUCAACCAGCUCCAUUUAAGUGGUCACAUAAAAGGCAAUCGUCUUUGGGGUUUGAACCUUGCCUUGAGUGCUGUAAACUUGGGAGAGACAGCCAAAGAUACUAUGUUCAGAUUUGACCUUGCUAGAAUCUAUGCAACAGCCGCUCUUCAAAUCAAAGCUUCUCUCCCUGAAGGUUUCCAGUUUGUUGCUAGGUACUUUUUGAGCCGUGCACGUUACAUCUGCAAAAAAAGUGGUGAUCAGGUGCCAGCAAAUAUUCAGUGGCUUUGCCACCCAGAAGGGCAUCGUUUUUUUGUAGACAGUGUCAAGUUUGAAGGAACAGAAGAUUCAAUAUUUUCAUCAAGAGGAACAGAAGUUGAUCCCCUUGCUAAAGUGACACAAGCAUUCAGAGAACAUCUACUUGAGCAAGCCAUGUUUUCUUUGGUUUCCCCAAAUGAGCCAUUUAAGAAAUCCAAGCAGAAUGAACCUCUCUUGUAUGCACAGCUACUCUCUGAAUGUUCUUGCUUGAGUUCUGUUACUCAGUCAGCUGGAAUAGCUAAAGUUGAAGAAUUGGAUGAAGUGGCAAUGUGGUGGUCAAACAUUGUAUCUGUAGCUCACUACUGGUUGAUUGGAGAUGAGGAAAAUGCUUCAAGGAACUACUCUGUUUUAGAUGUUUUUCCUAAAAAAUUGCAUGGGGUUGAUGACCCACUUCCUAGAGCUGUAUACCUGGCAUACAAAGCUAAGAAAACAGUUUUUGUGCAACCAGAUUCUCAACAUUUUAAAGCAGCUAUCAGACAGUGUGAUAGGUCAGGUCGUCUCUUAAGAGAAAGUUUAAAGUUAUCAUACACAGCUGAAAAUAUAACCAUUGUCAAGUGUGUUCAACUCCUUUUGUGUGACUGGUUGCUAACUACCAGAACAGACAUUUGGGAAUUGACUCAGGAAGAUUCCAAUAGCAGGACUGCCUCGCAGACUGAAUUAAUUGCCUUCCAGCAAGAUUUGGCCAGCUUGAGAAAGCUGUCUAUCAACAUGAAAGUUGCAUUACCAAAGGUAUUUUUACAUGAAGCAACAUCAAGAAUAAUGGCUGGGGCAAGUCCUGGUCGCACACAACAGUUGCUAGACAGAAGCAUAAGACAGAGAGCUAAAGUCUGCUUGUUACCAGGGGAAAAAGUUACAGAGGACAUUGAAAGUGGGCCUGCUGAAUAUCCAGAAAGAGAGAGGGCCACUGCUCUCUUAAUGGCCGGACGUCAUUUGCCAUCCUCCAUGACAGGCGGAAUUAGUGAGAGAAUAAAUUUAAUCAAAGAGGCAAGUCGCUUGUACGAGUCUCUGGGUGACAAGAAAUCUGUCCAGCUGUGUAGGAAAGUUCUCUUGGAAGUCAAUGAGUUGAAACAAAAUACAGAAGUCCCUGUUGUUGGCUGUUAGUUUAUUCUCUGUCCAUUUUUUAGUUGUGAUGAAUUUAUUAUAUUUUUUUUUUUUUCAAUAUAAUUUACCGUUUAUACUUUGUAAAAACGUUUACGUAUGGAAACCACAUUAGUCUGGUAUUAAAAUUUACUUUUAUGCUUCCAGGAAUUCUUUUUUAUAUUGCCAGGAAUUCAUCUCAGAAAUGUGUGUUCUUGUGGUUUCAUGUACAAAUUUACCUAUGUAUUGAUAAUUUAUGCCCUUUAUAUCAUAUAAAAUGUCCAAAAAAAUUACAAGAAAAUAAAAGAUUUUGCACAUA